UCCAGCAGAGCAAGAAGGAGAGGGUUUUUACCUGUACCUAGCUCCCCAUCAGGUGUAGGCAUGUGAGAAGCAGAAGAGAAGCAGGCAGGAGAAGGCAGUGUCAGGCAUCCCAGACGCAGGGCCAGCAUGGCAUCUCUGCUGGACAACCUAGCCAGACCUUCUGCUGUCGUUCUGCAGCUGUCUGUGGUGCUUGGUGUAAUCUUCGUGCUGCUGAAGGUGGCCCAGUUCUAUCGGGAGAGGAAGAAACUCAUCAAAGCUCUGGAGGCAUUCCCUGGUCCCCCGAAACACUGGCUCUAUGGCCACAAUCACCUGCUAAAUGCUGAAAAAAUGUUAGAUCAGCUGGUGUCAUGGGCAGAAGAAUACCCCUAUGCCUUUCCCAGAUGGUUUGGACCAGUCCUGCCUUCUCUAGUAAUCCACCACCCUGAAUAUGCCAAAAGCCUACUUGGCCAAACAGAUCGCAAGCCCAAUGUACCCUACAAAUUCUUAGUUCCCUGGAUUGGGCAGGGACUGUUGAUCUUGGAUGGAACCAAAUGGUUCCAGCAUCGGAAGCUGCUCACCCCAGCUUUUCAUUAUGAUGUGCUGAAAUCUUACGUGGCCCUGAUGUCAGACUCUGUUAAAGUGAUGCUGGAUAAAUGGGGAAAGAACACAGAGACGAAAUCAGUGGAGCUCUUUCAAGACGUCAGCUUGAUGACACUAGACAGCAUCAUGAAAUGUGCCUUCAGUUAUAACGCCAACUGUCAGACUCAGAGCAACUCAGACUAUUAUAUCAGAGCUGUUUAUGACCUGAGCUACCUCGUGAGCAACAGAAUCCAGACUUUUUCUUACAAGGAUAUCUUCUAUGACCUGACUCACAAAGGCCGUGAGUUUCAGGACGCUUGCAAGCUGGCCCAUACCCACACAGAUAAGGUAAUAAAAGAAAGAAAGAUGUUGCUGUCCAAUGAGAAGGAACUUGACAAGAUCCAGAAGAAGAGACAUCUGGAUUUUCUGGAUAUUCUUCUUUGUACCAAGGACGCAAAUGGAGUUGGGCUAUCUGAUGAGGACCUGCGUGCUGAGGUGGACACGUUCAUGUUUGCGGGACAUGAUACCACAGCCAGUGGGAUCUCCUGGCUCUUCUACUGCCUGUCAUUACAUCCAGAGCACCAGCAGCGGUGCAGGGAGGAGAUCCAGGGGAUCUUGGGAGACCGAGAUACCGUUGAGUGGGAGGACCUUGGGAAGAUGACUUACACCACGAUGUGCAUCAAAGAGAGCUUGCGCCUAUUUCCACCAGUUCCUUCUGUGUCCCGAAAGCUCUCUAAACCUGUCACAUUUCCCGAUGGACGCAGCUUGCCAGCAGGAGAUGACAUCCCUGGACAGGCUGGGCAUCCUCACUGCCCAGAUGCCCUGCAACAGCCCCUGCAGAACCAGGGAGAGAGGACAUCCCACCUCUCUUGGAUUUAUGACCCCCUGAGGUUUUCUCCAGAGAACUCAGCACAGAGGCACUCCCAUGCUUUCCUGCCUUUCUCCGCUGGAUCCAGGAACUGCAUCGGGCAGCAGUUUGCCAUGAAUGAGAUUAAGGUGGCGCUGGCCUUGACCUUGCUCCGCUUUCAGCUCUACCCUGACCCAUCCAAGCCUCCCACACUGAUACCACAGAUCAUCCUCAGGUCCAGGAAUGGGAUCCGCCUGCAUUUGAAGAAGAUUCACUGAUGCUGUGGGGUACCACGGCAAGGGGCAAGGGCUUUCCCAAGGAUCACCCUUCACCCAGAGAUUUGAGGGGAACACCACCCUGGCCACCUCAGACUUCUCCCACACUAACCCCCGGCCAAUGCUGUCCAGGGGGGCACGCUGACGCCCGUCACACACACCAAACCCAGCAGGUCCAGGUCUCCUCCUGCCACAGAGAACGGCACUGCCAAGGGGGUCUCACAGCACGGCUGUGGCUCAGCUGUCACCUCCGCAGGCAUCCUCCGUGUCCUGCUCAUCUCCUCACCUCCAAGCUGCCCUCACAUGCUGCCUGGUGGGACUUCUGUCACCCACCUGUGUAUUCGCACCAUUGCCAGCUCCCCGCUUGGGCACGGCAGUGAGCAUCGCCAGUAUGGUUUGCACAGAUGUCUAAAGCCCGGGUACUGCCUAAGCACGACAUCCCUCCCCUGCCUCCAGCCUGGGUGUGCUGCUCCUCCCUGCCACCACGCUGCACCCCCACACCACCCUCCCAAUUAUCCCCGAGUCCCCUCUGGGGCUGGCCUGUGCCCAACAUUACAGAGACAAAGGCCAGCAGGCUUUUCUGCCCCAGUGCUGAACUUCCUUGAGCUGAGGGAGCUCAGGAGCCAGUGCAGAGAUGUGUCACUAGCUAACCUGGAGAAAGUACAGAGGCUGGAAACAAUGUGUGGUCAGCCUAGUCUUACUCUCUGAAAUAAGAAUAAAGCCGUGUGAUGCUGCUCCCCAA